UUCAGCUUGUUUGAAGUUGUACGGAAUAGGUGGCCUGACGUAUCUUUUCCAGGUCCAGAUUUCCAGCUACCGGAAUUCUCCCUUUUGGUGCAUACCUUGCAAAUUAUGAAAGAAAAGGCAUUAGAAUUACACUAAAAAACAUUAUUAUGAAUAAAAACAUUAUAAAUAACAGUAAGAAAACAUGAUGCAAAAUGGACGUAUCAGCCGCGAGGAGCAGAGCAAGGAGGUGGGGAGGGGUGGAGGGUAGUACAUGUAACCCAAAAUAAAAUACCGAUAGCCACACAAUAAUUACAACUAACCCAAACCAUCCCAGGAUUCUUACAUGAAAAUUCGAAAGAAUUUCAAAACAAAAUGUUACCAAGUUUUUUUAAGGGCUACGUAUACGAACCAAUUAGAUCGAGGCAGCCGUGCAUGAGUACGGUCACAGCAAAUGGAUCUUGUGUUGAAAUCAAUUCAGUUCCAUGGACUUUCUGAAAAAUCGGUUCCACGGAGAAUAAAAAAAGAGUCAAGGUUUUUGAUAUAUUUCUUUUAAAGAAAAUUCAAAAAUCAGGAAGGGAGCAGAGAGGUAACCAGAUCGUUCCUUCAUCCCUAGGAGGGUAGCAUUUUGCUCAUAGUCUACAGAAAAAGGACGGAACUCAGUUUUUUUACUGCAAAAAUACGUAGUAUCCGCUUGGUUCAAAUGUUGUUGAAGGAACUUUUGCUGUGCUGUUGAGAUGCUGGAGGAGGUGAGCUGGUGUGUGUGACACCUUCUUCAGUGCUCCCUCUCGUCUCUGAAUAAAUGGACUCUUUAUCAUUGUUUGCUGCUGCUGUCCCUUUUUGGCUUCAGUUAGCAGAGCAAACAGCCAACACAACGUAUUUUCCAGUGGAAUAUCCAAUGAUACUGCAUACAACUCAAUGAAUACUAGCCGAACAUGAGAACUUCAAUUUCGAUGACGUGGUAAAUUCAGUUAGUUCAAAAAAAAUGAAAAACGCCUAUUCGAUCAAAGGAAAAGAGAGAAAUGCAAAGUCACAGAUUUGUAAACCUGGGAGCUACCACCAGAGAAAGAUCGAGUUGUGAAAUUAAAUUCAGUUGUGACAUGCGUAACCCACUUUGUGUUUUACUAGCAAAUACUUACAUUAGUUAGGAAAAAGGGAAAUAAACAUGUACGCCGUAGUAAUGAACAAGAGCAGUGUUUUCUUACUGUUCCCAUUUAUGUGUUUUACUACCACAAGAGCAGUCCCUUCAGUCCGAUGUUCCCAUUUAUGUGUCAGUAAUGAACAAGAGCAGUGUUGGUGACAACAGCCUGUACGCCGUAACUAUUUGCAGGAAGUAUGCUGCUGAGUAUCUACCAGCUGGAGCGCAGACUGUGACACUCCUGAGGGCAGAGAAGAGCAAGACAUGGGAAGUCAAGGUGAACCCGAGGAUUGGCAACGCGAAGAUGCUCAAGGGAGGUUGGCGCGAGUUUGCCCACGACAACCAUCUGAAACUCAAAGACAUAUGUCUGUUCCAGCUGAUGACGGACCAGAGGAAGCUUACGAUGAUGGUCGACAUCAUUCGUCACAAUGAGAAGCGUUAGUUUUAACUUUCCAGCACAUGAGAGUGAAUCUCGGGUGGCUAUUCUGCUGGUAUUUUGUGUGUGCUUUUGGUAGUUCUGUAAUCUGUAAACUCUGUGGUGGUGUGGCUACUUUCCAAACUAAGGGAGAAACCUAUGUUUAUGUUGCGGAAUUAUUCAAGAGGCCUUCUGGUAUUCAGGGAGUUAUCUAAUUUUAGGUUGGGUUAUUGAAUCAUUCCAAUAUUGUUUUUUAUGCACAUUAUCGCAAACUUCCCCUGUGUUUCUAUCAUACAUGAAUAAAUAAUUGUUCAUGAAACCAUAUGUAGUUUGAUUCGACGGAUUGGUUCCGUCGAGAGAUAGCUACAGCAACUUUGAAGGUCCGAAGGAUGAAUUGAAGGUCUGUUGGAAUCCACAUUCAAUCAUUCCAUAAUCACUCUGCUUUAAAAAGGAACUGUCUAACUGUUUUUUUCCACAAGAACUGUAGAACAGUGCUUCUGACUCAACAUAAUAUGGUAUGGUAGAGAAGAAUUAUUUACCGUCGGCGUCAACCGGUGCCUCUUCCCUGCCUCUCUCUUCCGCGUUCGCUUUGUAUCUUGAAUUCUCUCCGGUUAUUUCUUGUACCGCCCCAUCGCCGCGUCAGUUCUGCAAGUUGGCAAAGGUGGUGCGGCCUCUGCUGUCACUAUGAUUAUAUGGUUGUAAAGUCUCCAGUAUUAACAAAGAAAAAAGAAAAAGAAGUUACAUAUACUGUUGUAUUGUGACACACGGAUAGGAGAAUAUGCAAAAUAUGAACACCUACUGCAACGAGGAUAGAACAAAUGCUGAAUAAAACAUGAUUUAAAAUAAGUCAUAUGUGUAUUGAAAUGUCGAGCUUACAUAAUAAUUUAAUAUUUGAAUCAGAUAUCUCAGUACAAA